CUAGUAGCCGCGGCACUUGCUGCCGGCGCUCGACAAGGCUACAACGCGUGUUGUCCUAUGGAGGAAAUUCCUGACUCUCGGCUAGUGACUCGCAGAGAUUUCCUAGACUCCCUUCUCCCGGUCGAUGCACAUGUCCUGGAUGCUGUUUACCAUCGAGUCACAGACCAGCUGCUUGACAAGAAGCGCGAGGGAUGGUCUCUUUGGCCUCCGCAAGAAAAUCAAGAGGAGUUCAAGAGGGGCGAACUCUACAUACCGUUCGUUAGGAUUGCGAACUGUAUAGCGACCACAGCUCGAGAGGUGGCCAAAAGUACUCCGGAGUAUGAGGGUGUCGCUUGCGAAGUCGCGUGGAUGGACUAUUAUGCGCAUCCCCCUACAUGUCUUGACGAAGAGACGGCACUGGUCGGGCCUUGGCCUGAAUGCGCUCUAGCUAUGCCUGUAAUGGAGCCCAUCCUCGACGAUCCCUCGUUACCGGCAGACAAGAGAGAGAAGCUCUGGUGGCUGCAACUUAUAGCUCCGGUUGCGAGCAGAACCAACCCGAGUCAGACAGACGAAUCCCUCGUCCGCCAACUGCUCAAGUACCUUCGCUCGAUUAUGGCCGAGCAGAAGGACCGGCGGUUCGUAUUUGGUCUCGCCCUCAGUCGCUCGCACGUGGCCGUGUGGCUACAGGAUAGGUCCGGGGCCGUUGGCAUGGACGCGCCCAUCGGUAUACAUGAGGACCCAAAGGCCUUCGUUCACGUCAUCACUGCCUUGGCUACUUUGCCCGCGUAUCGCCUUGGCUUCGACACCACUAUGAAGCUGGUGCGCGAGCCGCUCCCGCCUAUCCAUACGUAUCGGCUUUCUUCCCGAGGACCAGACAGCUUCAGCGUUGAGUUAUACGAGAAGAACUCCUGCGAGCUGCAAUGGGUGAUAUCGAUGAAGAACGAUACGUAUAUGACUGUGAAGGCGCUCAGAGACCUUCAGGUCGACGCCAUUGUGGGGGCUUCUUCGAUGGUUUGGGCGGCCAUCCGCUAUGAGGAUCGCUGUCUGGAGGCAGACUGGCGUCCGGUCUUUGUUAUCAAGCAAUGGUGGCAAUCUGAUGAACAGGCGGACGAAGGGGCCAUAUACCAAUAUCUUGGCGGACUGAACUCGACCUCGACUCCGCCAAACCCUGCUUCACGGUACGUUGGCACAAUGGAGUGCUAUGAGACCGCCGAAGUUGGUGGGGAGGUCGACAGCACUGGCGGGCUGAUUCAGCAUGGCCUACCAUCCGCGCCACCCCCACCAGACGAGUCGCCCGCCAGUAAACGAAUGCGUCGGCUGAAUGAAGCAGCAGCUAGCGGGUGGAUGACCUUCAAGACCGAUCACGACAAGCUCGCGCGGUAUUAUGCUGGAGAACAGGCCAAAGCGCUGGCAAGCCGAACUCGCAAGCGGCUUGUCAUGAAUGUGUUCGGUUGCUCAAUCAAGUACUUCGCAUCUUUGCGAGAGCUGUUGACGCUUCUGCUGCAAGGCGUCCGUGGCCACCAAUACGCUUACAAUAACGGUGUCCUGCAACGAGACGUCAGCCCCGCCAACCUGCUGAUCACCUUGCUACGCACGUCCAAUGGUUCGACCAUCCGAGUGAAGGACCCAGAAUGCUGCCUCAUCGACUUCGGCCACGCCAGCAGAAUUCCCAAGAUAUCCGCACGCAUCUCCCCCCCUCCCGAGACCACCGCCGAACCUCUUCUACCCUCCAUGGCUCGCGAGAUACAAAACAUCACCGAGACUCUCGCACAGCGCGCCUAUCAUUUCAUUCGCUUCAGAGCACCUGAAGCUCGAUCUCCGAGGUCUCUGGGCGUCACAUAUAUUUCUGCUGCUCUCGAUUAUUACGAGAAGUGGAACGGGUCACUAUCCUCAAAUGUGGCCAUCGAACCGGCCAUGUUUGGCUGGGAUGCCGUACCGUUGCUGCAGCGUCCCAUACCUUUGAAUUGUACAGAAGACCAAGCGUUGCGUGCGCCUCGAGUUGGCAGUCCACCGUUCGCGAGUGCGCAAAUACUCAACACAGCGCAUGUGAGCGUGAACAUGCACUUCUCCGGUUUUCGCUACAACGGGGUGGUCCACGACGCCAUUCAAGACAUGGAGUCCUUCUUCUGGACCCUUCUCUACCUGUGCGUAACCCGCUCGGGGCCAGGCGGCGACAGGCGGGAGGAGCUCGACGGUGACAUCCCUGACGACUCGUCGGACGUGGAAAAAAUAACGGAACUGCGCCGCAUCGUGUUCUGCUUCUUCGGCGACGAGACGGAGACGAUCGCGAUGAACAAGGCGCAGCUCUUUAGUGAGCCUGAACUGUUCGAGGAGGGUAUACUCGGUCAUGUUCAUCCGUAUUUCGAGCCGCUGAAGCCGCUGCUGCGACAGUGGUGGGACCUUUUGCUCCUUGCGUACGAGUUCGAGGGGUAUGAGUGGCAUGGGAUCCACAAAUUUGUGAUUGCGCUUUUGGAGAGGGCCUUGCGCGAGCUUCCGGCCAAGGACUCGCCGGAGGAUGUGGAGCGGACGCGAAAAGCAAGGGAAAAGCGGGACGGAUUCGUGCGUGAGGUGAUGCUGGCUGGUACGCAUAAAACACCACGGCCGCCGCCAUCACCAUCGCCACUCCCGACCAAAAAGGCCAAGCUGGUUUGA